AUGCCUGACCAGCGCUGCAUGAUGCUCCCCGACGCAGGAUUUGUUGGCACUCGAAUGCCUUCUCCAACCACUCCCACUCCGGCAACAAAGAACCAUCCUGCAAGUUUGGACCCUCGACGCCGCCGAAAGACCGUUUCCAUUGUCCAUCCAGACACAGAUGCCCCCCCAAGCGACCGUCUCGUCGCUUUCGCCCGUCUUUCGCGUCCCUCGACCAUGGAUUUCACGCCACGGACGAGGUACCGGACUGAGCUGCAUCAGAGGGAACCAGCCAGCCCAACCACCAAACCCGAGUACUUCAGCGAAAGGAACUACCUGACGAGAAGCAAAUCGUCUGGCCGCCUUCGCUCUGCUGCCAUUGACCGACGACUCACAGUUUCGGGAGAUCCCCGUGACACGGGGAAAGCUGGCGCGCUAACAUUCGCCGGCACCACAAGUUCAACAACGGGAUCAACCUCCGUCGGCGCCGUCUCUCUCCAUCACCCUCCUUCAUCUCCUUCGCCCUCAUCUCCCUCGCGCCUUCAUCAACCCCCCUCCCUGCCUGCUCUACCACGCCUCCCUCAGAGUCGCUUCAGUUUCGAGUUCCAGUCACCUCUUCGCAAGAUCGCUUUGACCUCGCAUCUCAAGUCUGCCAGUGUCGACCGCAGUAGUACACUUGCGUCGGAAUCUCCCUCGACAACAACCCCCAAGCAUCCUUCCUUGUAUGACAGGCACCGAAAAUCCGUACCAAACCUCCAUUUGUCUCACGUUGAAACACAAGCGGCAUCAGAACCUCGGCGAAUUCCUCCUAGCCCAUCUCCUACGACCCAGGGGUGUGAUUCUGCGCUCUCCCAGCACGCCAACCCAACUGCUCGCGUGCUGAGUCCCAAUGCACAAAAGCGUCGCAAAUCAACGUUGUACUCCCAGCAGGAACCUCCGGAUGUAAAGAGGAGAAUGCCAUCGUCCACCACGACCUUUGUUCAAGGGCGAUCGUACGGUGACGAGAAUGGCCCUGCCGUCAAAGGCGUCGAGAGGCACAGUCAUCAGGAUGGCUUGCGGUCUUCAGUUACCGAUGAAUCGCGGGCCAAAAAUGAGGACAUAUUCCUAAACAUUGCCAGGUCGGACUCGGACCGUCGCGAGUCCUUGGGUCGCUCCGAACUUAGACGGUCGCGAUUUAGGAUGUCCGGUAAUGGAUUCCGCUCCUCAACGUCUCGUGUCAGUAGCGAUGUGACACCGUCUCCCGAUCAACUACCUCGUUCAAAUACCUUUGAAAGCCCCUUGCAUGCGAAUUCGCAAAACACCUCCCCAUCAACGCGAUAUAGCUCUUUACCGUAUUCGUACUCGGCAUCUGCCCAUCCUCUGGAGGACCAUGGCCGGGCGCCGCAGACAAGUUUCACCUCGAGCGCGCGCUCGACGAUCGGACUUCCUCGCAGCCGACUGAGUCGCGCCAGCCCUGAAGAUGAGGUUAACUCAGAGCGACGCUCAUCUCUCCAUGAUUCGCGAUCGUUCCGCCACUCCACGCUUUCUACUAUUCGAAGCAGUCGACAGGCUUCUGGCUCCGAGGCUACGGAGAAGCCGCGUUACGAUCUCGAGCGGUCGCAAAAAGAUGGGACAGAAUCCACCCUUUCUACCACGGCGCCUUCUACCGUCUGGGAUGAGCUGGAGGAUCUCAAGUCGCGGAUUAAGAAAUUAGAAUUGACCGGAAAGCUACCCCCAUCGUCUCAGGAAGCCAUUACCUCGGCAUCUGGAGAGCGUCCACGUACUGCGACUACUACAGUAACAACCAUGUCAUCGUCUCCCCGCCACCGGAGAACGAGCGCUUCCGGUGAGUCCGAUACAAUCACAGUGCCAAGUCCAGUGCACCCGCUUCUACAAUCUGCGUUGGUCAAGGCUAGAAGCUCAGUGAGCAAGGAAGUGUAUACAGCAUUAGAGGCUACGGCAACGGAUGCCAUGGCGCUCUCACAGCUAUUGGGGACGGGAAAAACGCCGUCUGGGGGCGUCUCUGUUGUCAAUGGAUAUGGGCCGGCCGAGAGACAAUCGCGACGGAAAGUGGACAGUGUCUGUCGCAGUUUGACAGAGUUAUGCCUUGCCCUGUCGGACGAGCAACACACCAAACAGCAGUCGCCUGGCGAAGAUGCGUCAUUCCGGUUAUCUCAAUCGAAUGGCACUGAUGAAGGAACAAUCACUCCGACGCUAUCAUACAGGAGGAGUGUCAAUCAGGAGCCUGAAGAGGCGGGCCGACGGCAAAGUGGCCCCAGGGCCGCAAGCCGUCUUGAAGCACGCCGUGCUAGCCUCGCAAAUCACACCGAUCACCAUUCGCCGGAGACAUCUGCGCAAAACACCAAACUAACGCACUCGCCGAGCUCACCAGCGACCGGGAGUAGGCUGAGCCGACUUUCCGUAUCCAUGCGCGCAAGGAGGCUGCAGGAUGACGAGGGUGCAGAACAUCGCAGUCCCCACGGCCGGUCAGUAUCGAGGAGUAUGACGGACAUUGGGGCAGCUUCUUCCACGCAAGGACCAGCGCCACGACAGCGAAACACCUUUGCGUACCAGGCUACGCCAUCAGCUGCUGAGUACCAGCGGUCUUCUCAACCGCGAACCCCAACCUCACAAUCUGCGAUUCCUAUGCGUCGGAGCCUGAUGACACCGUCUACUUAUACACCUGCGAUACCCCGCGCAAAUAUCCAAGCUGGAUCCCGCCGCUACGGAUUAUCGACCGCCUCGGAAAACCCCGCGGACGAUGUACCAAUCUCUCCACGCCAGGAAACCCCGCAGACGAAGAUUGUUGCUCCGUCCAGUAAACUAGCCGCCAGCUACACCCCCAUCUCGCAGAAUCGAUUUCGGACAAACAGCCUCGGAGGCCGCAGACUCGGCAUCAGGCAGCGCCCGAUGUCGACCGUCGAUAGCAAGCAAUCCAAAUCCUUCAACGACAGCAUUGAUUGA